AAAGCAAUUCCAAUGCCGGAUACCUCAGCAGAUACAGUGGCAACAACAUUCUAUUCGCAGUGGAUUUCAAGAUUUGGUUCUCCUAUUACAAUUACAACUGAUCAAGGAACAAAAUUUGAAAGUCAACUAUUUGAAGCGUUAACCAAAUUAGUCGGAGCAAAAAGAAUUAGAACAACAGCAUAUCACCCUGCAUCAAAUGGAAUGAUAAAAAGAUGGCAUAGAUCACUUAAAACAGCAAUAAUGUGCCAUGAAGAAAAAGACUGGGUAGGAAUACUACCAACAGUGCUCCUUGGUCUACGCACAAGCCUAAAGGAAGAUAUAAAAGCUUCAGCUGCGGAAUUGGUAUAUGGUGAAAACAUCAGACUACCAGGAGAAUUUUUCCUCAGCGAAGAACUAUUACAAGAUCCACACAUACCGAUACCCACAGCACACCAUACCAAAAAGAAACAUUUUAUUCAGGAUAGGUUGUAUACAUGUACGCACAUAUUUUUAAGGGUCGACGCUGUAAAAAAAACCAUUAGAAGCGCCUUACGAAGGUCCAUACGAAAUUAUACAAAGAAUUACAGAUAAUAUUUU